UUUGGACUAAGCCCGUGCUUUUAUGGGUCAGAGUUAGUUCCAGUCUGAAUUCUAGGUAUUUAUGAUAUUUUUUCCUCUCGUUUUUUAAAAAGUGUUUCUUUGACGGACAGCUUGUGAGGAGACACAGCAGCAGGGAUAUUUGGUCAUGACCGUCUCCGUUUAACUCUGCGAUGGAGUCAAGUAUGAGAGUUAUUGUCCUUCUCGUUGUGAUGAGAUUUUCUGCUUCUGAGGAAGUGAAGAAGAACCUGACGGGCACUGUGGGAGGAAACAUCACUCUACCUGCACCUGUGCUGGAGAAAGGAUAUCUGUUAUAUGGAAGAACGAUUAUUGCUGAUGUGAUUAAGGGAGAAUUUCAAGUAUUUGUGGAAAAGUACAAGAACCGACUUCAGUGGGACAGAAACUCUGGACUCUUUACACUCACAGAGCUGCAGAGGAACGACUCAGGGAUUUAUACUGUCGACUCUAAAACAGGAAAAGUUUUCACAUCAUCAUAUAAGCUGACAGUGUACGACUCUGUACCGACUCCUGCAGUGAAGAAAGUGAGUGUGAGCUCUGAGAGCUGCUCCUUACUGUGUUUAGUGGACAGAGAGACCAAACUGCUGUGGUUUAAAGACGAGCAGAGACUGAACCAGAGCAGCUCUGCGCUCUCUCUGCCUCUCACUGUGCACAAACAGGACUUCAGCUCCUCUUACAGAUGUGUGGCUGCAAACCCUGCAGACGAGAAAACUCUUCCUGUCCAUGUGAGAACGACCUGUGGAGACACCAACAACGACACCAACAGCUCGACUGAACCAAGAAACUAUAACAUCCUCAUUAUAAUCUUCUGUGUCCUGUUCGUUGUGAUCAUCAUACUUGCUGCUUUUGUCAUCAAGUCAAAGUAUCUUCACAAAGUAUCAAGGAAGAAAAAAAGUACGAAAACUGUUAACAACAAUCUGAAUAUAGUAUCAGCACAUGAUGCUCAGACUCUGGUGAUGAUGUUGGGUGAACAACAAAUCAGGUCAUCAGUCAGUUUCUACGCCUGUCGUGUUAUUAAGUCUGGAGCUGAUAUUGUUUUACCUGACAAAUGAUCGUGGAUCCUUUAGAGGAGAAAACCUAAUACUGAUGUCAUUCAAGCAUAAUUUCUGGAAGAGAUUAAUGUUUGAACAGCAGCUAUUGUGGUGCUAAAAUAUUAUAAAGAUAUUAUGGUGACAUUUUAUACACUGCUGUUAGCUCUGCAGCAUCGAUUCAUGGUGGAAAUGUUUGUUUUUAAAGGAAAUGACAAAAAUCAGGCUGCAGAGGAAAGUUAAUAAAAAUCAUUCUUUAUAACUCAUAGUUAUGAUCAAAUUUUUAUACAUUUUUUAAAUACAUAUUAUUGCUGCUGAGGAAAAACAUACAAGCAUAGGUGUUCAUGUCUGCUGCUGUUUUUUUGUGUUUGCUCAAACUCGCUCAGUUUUGGGCCUUUUGAUUGAUUUGAAUCUGAACGUUUACGUACGAGACCAAAACCUGAUGUAAUCCCAGACGUGUUACUGUGGCCUGAAAAUCAAAGAGCAUCAGU